CGUGAGAUAGGCUUGCUUUGGUUUGAGAUGAGGAAAAUAUCAUGAAGAUUCACGCUAAAAAGCAACAGUCAUGUAUUCUGGCAAUAUUGUACAUGACCAUUCCAUUGGUGGUAGGUCACAGCUGUUCAAAAAGUCUUUCACGCAUUGUAAGGCAGCAGGUCAAAGAGAGAUUAAUGCCACAUUAUGAAGAAUUGAAGACAAAAAUGCCAGAAAGCUGUCCACUGAAUCCAAACAGAGAUGUCUUCAUGAUGCAGGAGGAGAAAGUGGUAAUCGAGUCCACAUCUAGGUACAAGUGUAAUGUGUGUGGAAAAGCCUUCAUCUCACAGUUCUAUAUUGACAUGCACUUUGACAACCGCCAUCCAGAUUACAUAGCAGAGGGAGAAAAUACCAUUUGUUAUGCGGACUACUGUGACAUCACAAGAUGUGAUGUUGUGUCGGGGCGAAAGGUUGCAGACUUCUGGGACAUCUCUUUGUGUCUGGAGGAUGAUAUGACAGAUCUGCGAGAACGCUGUGAGGGUAUCAUGGACCAGUGUAUACCGGAGGGACUAACUAAGAAAGAGAAAGAAGACUUAAGCAGAUGGCUGCGUGGCUCAGUUUGUCACUACCUGAAUUGUAAACUGUAUUAUGAUGGACCAAGAAAACAGAGUCCUGACACUGUGAUGAUGUACUCGAUACUGACCACUUUUAUGAUGGUGUUCUUUGUCAUCUAUUACUGUAUAGGCUACCACUACUUCUACACUGACACAUUUUCUGACAUUUAUGAUGAUGAUGACACCAGGCCCAUUCGGGUAAAGCCUAUAAGAAACAGUGAAUUACGUCAGAGGAUGAUGGAUGAAAACUUAAGAAAGGAGUGGAAACAGAGACAUGACGAACAAAUUAGUGAAAAAAUUCAUAAAAUGUUAGCUGAACGUUCUACAGACAGCUGAAAUUAAAAUUUAAUUUAUAUUUCUGGCUCAUGUUUGCAACCAUUCCUUUAAAUAACAUCGAAGAUUAGAAGCAGAUGCAAGCUUUUAUGUGAUAAUUCUGCACUUGCAUAUCUAACUCCUGUAUGGAAUUGUCAAUGUGAGAAAAUGAUCUUCAAGAUAUUCACCAUUACAGCCUCAUUACUCCAGGGGUUAUGAUCAGUUAUCCUCUCUUCCAUCCUUGAUACUCCAGUCGUUACAGUCGCUUACGGUCUCUGCACCCCUGGAGCAUGAAGUGGCAAAAUUGCAGGCUCAUACGAAGCAAUUUCAUUGGUCAAGGGUGAGUUUCAAGAGAAAAAACUGACCAAUCACAGACUGAUAUGCUCUUUUGACAAUCACAAAGGAGCAACACCCAACUUCGAAGCCAGUACAACAUACCAUUCUGUGACCUCGAAAUUUGUUUGAUGUCCAUCAAAGGAUCAAACUUUUUGUCUUCUCCACAAGGUGUUGCUCAUGGAACCUUCAAUUUUGUCAGGAAAUGUUCCAGGUGUGCAGAGGGGGUUAGUGAGCGAAACAUUGGCAGAGAGCAAUAGUGUUGUAAUUGUGCUGAUGAUGAAAUACCACAAUUCUGCAUGACUAAUGGAUUUUGAUUCGAUUUGUUUUGACAAUUUUUUGACAAUUCUGCAAUCAGAUGUGCAGGACAGACUAAUAGAUUUUUAAAAAAAAAUGAUGUUUUUAUAUCAUUGUAGGUGUGUGAUAUUGUCCUCUCAUUGUUCCCGUCUGUUAUUUAUGAAUUUCACUUAACAGUUAGUAGAAGUCUGGAACCAGUUAUCACUUGUAAACAAGAUCUUGUCAAGACAAUAUAUUAAGAUUCCUAGUAACAUAUUUCAGUUGUGUUUUUAAGAUAUUUUUACAUUUAAAGCACGGUAGAUGUCACUAAUUAUCCUUUGGCUUACAUAAUUUUCAUCUUUCCUCUAUCCCCCAAACCUGUUAUGUCCUUGAAUGACCAUGGCUGUUAAUAGGAUUUAAAGGAUUUUUUUCUUCUUUCCUCUAUCCCCCAGACCUGUUAUGUCCUUCAAUGACCAUGGCUGUUAAAAGGAUUUUUUUCUUCUUUCCUCUAUCCCCCAGACCUGUUUUGUCCUUCAAUGACCAUGGCUGUAAAUAGAAUUUAAAGGAUUUUUUUCUUCUUUCCUCUAUCCCCCAGACCUGUUAUGUCCUUCAAUGACCAUGGCUGUUAAUAGAAUUUAAAGGAUUUUUUUCUUCUUUCCUCUAUCCCCCAGACCUGUUAUGUCCUUCAAUGACCAUGGCUGUUAAUAGAAUUUAAAGGAUUUUUUUCUUCUUUCCUCUAUCCCCCAGACCUGUUUUGUCCUUCAAUGACCAUGGCUGUUAA